GGGGCGAAGUGAAAUUCAUUCACCCUACAGAAAAAGAAGUUUUGACAGCGGUGUGAAAAAGGGUAAAACUAAGGAAAGGCAGACGGUUUUUUCAGUUUAUUUUCUCCGGCAACAAUGUCAUGCUCAAGCAUUUUUUGAUCUCUUACGAACACAAAGACCCUUCUCUCCCCUCUCUUAAGCAAUCCAAUCGCCUGGCGAAAUUCGUAAGCUCUGAAACCCUAGUGUCAUCGCUCUCUGCAUCUCUAUGGAUUUCAAGGAUUUCUAUUGUGUCGCUUCAAAUUCAAGAUUUGUGAAGUGGCAGAUGCCAUAAGUUCUCCUAGAGUUGCUCAAGAAAUUGGUUUCUGCCUAGUGUGUGACUUUGAAUUGAGCAACUUUUUACAUCAUGAUGGGGACCUUGCAUCGGAGUGGGUUUUUAAAGAAGUCAAACGACAUUGUCCGGAUCAUUGUAACAACCAUCAUGGGAAUGCUCUUAGGGUACUUUAUGGGUGUUUCAUUCCCUUCUGUUUCCUUAAGUAAGAUCAAUUUACCUUCAAGUUUAAUGCCAUCUGCCAAUGUAGCCUUUAGUGAUGAUCUUCCUACAUUGACGCGUACUUAUCCUGAAGAUCGUGUUUUGAAUGAUACCCCUCCAACACCUAAGAUCUAUCUUCCUACAAAUCCCCGUGGUGCAGAAUCUUUACCACCGGGAAUUAUAGUCUCAGAAUCAGAUUUUUAUCUGCGAAGAUUAUGGGGUAACCCAAGUGAGGAUCUGAGAAAGAAGCCGAAGUACCUAGUAACAUUUACAGUUGGUAUUAAUCAAAAGAACCACAUUGAUGCAGCUGUGAAGAAGUUUUCUGAGGAUUUUCAAAUUCUGCUUUUUCAUUAUGAUGGCCGGACAAGUGAAUGGGAGCAACUUGAGUGGUCACGGCGUGCCAUACAUAUCAGUGCUAGAAAACAAACAAAGUGGUGGUAUGCCAAGAGGUUUCUGCAUCCAGAUGUUGUAGUUCCUUAUGAUUAUAUUUUCAUUUGGGAUGAAGAUCUUGGAGUUGAACACUUUGAUGCUGAGAAGUAUAUUGAAUUGGUUAAGAAACAUGGUUUAGAGAUUUCUCAACCUGCGCUUGAACCCAACAGUGGACUGACAUGGCUAAUGACAAAGAAAAAAGAUAACAGAGAAGUUCACAAGGAUACAGAGGAGCGCCCUGGGUGGUGCAGUGAUCCAUAUCUGCCCCCAUGUGCUGGCUUCGUAGAAAUUAUGGCUCCAGUAUUUUCUCGUGAAGCUUGGAGAUGUGUUUGGUAUUUGAUUCAGAAUGACUUGGUACAUGGAUGGGGAUUGGACUUUGCACUAAGAAGAUGUGUGGAUCCUGCCCAUGAAAAAAUUGGUGUUGUUGAUGCACAGACGAUUUUGCAUCAAGUGAUUCCAUCACUAGGAAAUCAGGGAGAGGUUGGGGACGGGAGACCUGCAUGGCAAGGGGUACGAGAGAGAUGCAAAAAUGAGUGGACGCUUUUUCAGGAUCGCUUAGCUACUGCAGACAAGGCAUAUUUCACACAGCUUUAGAGUAGUCAGCUAUGAGUUGAUGCCGAUCUAUUUGUACAUGUUUUUUUUUUCCAAUUCCUACCAUUACCUUGAGUGGUGUUUAAUGGUUGUUAGAGAUAUUAAAUAUUAAAUGAUUCUCCUCUCUAAUAGCUUAAGCUUUUAGAUGAGGUAUUAAUUCAACAUGGUCCUAGAGAGUCAACAAAAGGUCCUAGGUUCAACUGUUACUGAGAAAGGAAAAAACGCUUCACGUGCUAGGCUUGGCUAAAGAUUACUAGCUGACAUGAGAGACCGUGCUAGAGAUAUGAAAUGUUAAAUGAUUUUCCACUCUAAUAGUUUAAGUGUUUAGCUGAGGUGGUCAUUCAACAAUAGCUUAAUUCUUUUAUGAGGGUUGUGCCCAUUUUUCAGCUGUAGGGUAGCCAUAUUACGGAGAAUGUAAAAGCACCAUUAGAUGCAGAAAGUGAACUUCAUUUAUUUGUGCAGAAGUAGAUAUAGGAUUCAAUUAAAUUUUGCUUGCUUAGAAUAUUAGUAAUUAGUUAUUUUUCCCUGUUGACAUUUUAUAUUUACAGAGCUUGUUUU